AUGUCUCGAAGCUUCAAGAUAUUGUCCGCUAAGGCAGCGGCACAGCUCGACAAGGAGUUAAUGUCAACCGGCGCAUUCUCAAUUGAUCAAUUGAUGGAACUUGCUGGUCUUGCGGUUGCAAAAGCAAUCUACGCUGAAUAUCCUCCUCGCCACAAGCAGACACAAAAUUCGCCAUUGCAAAAGAUUCUUGUAUUGGUUGGACCAGGUAAUAACGGAGGCGAUGGAUUAGUUGCAGCUCGCCAUUUGAGGACUUGGGGUGCUUAUGACCCAGUUCUAUACUACCCCAAGAGAUCAACCCAUAAUCAGCUAUAUGCCAACCUCGUCAAACAGCUACAAGAGCUCGGCGUCAAGGAAAUAUCCACGUUGGAAGAGAUCAAGUCGCUACUCAGCAAAGAGGGCGAGGUGGGAGUGAUAUUGGACGCCUUGUUUGGAUUCUCCUUUAAACCACCAGUUCGAGACCCAUUCAAGGAUGUAAUUGCGUUUCUCUCGACGCAUCAUCACGAGUUGCCCCCUAUUGUUUCAGUCGAUAUUCCAUCUGGAUGGGAUGUCGAUGAAGGUCCCACUGAUGUCGAUAUAAACGCCUCCAUGCUUAUCAGUUUGAGUGCUCCCAAGCCUUGCGCUGAAAGAUUCGUCAAUAGCGGACCCGAUAAGAAACACUACUUGGGAGGAAGAUUCAUAAGUCCUGCAAUUGCCAAAAAGUACGGGAUAGAAGACAUUUUGGACAAAUACAAGGGAGAUGAGUUGAUUACAAAAUUAUAA